GUGUUUUCAGCACAUUGGACCUUACUCCAAGAGCUCACUAUGAGGUUCACGGUGAGGAGGACGACACCUCAUCAGCUUCAAAUACCACAGCUCAACGUUUCACGUUCAUGCGAACACCUGCGACUACUUCUAGUCCAGCUGCGCAGCGGGCUGCCUCAGCCCCCUCCAGAGCCACUGUCUCUAAAACAUUUCAAAGAUCGAUUUUUCUUGCUGAGGUGGUUGGUGGGAGGUUGAGUCCCAGCAGAAUGGUGGUGGUCCGGUUUUUAGAAUGUGAGGCUACCCUUCAGGGGAUCAUCGGAAAAGUGCAAGAUGCCAUUGGAAGUCAUGACCCCAUGGUAUUGACUGAUGCGCAGGGGAAUGCAAUUUUGGAGUCUGAAGGAACAACAGGGUCACAGUACUGGAAACAAAAUGCACGAAAGAUUCUUGCUGUACAAGAACAGGGCUUCCAGGAGUUGCAGGGCACCAAAAGGAGGAGAAUGAGCCGAAAAGAUGAAGAUGCUGCAGGCAUUGGAGAGGUCACUGAGAAGAUAGAAGAGCUUGUGCUGGCAUCACAGAGCCUACCAGAUGUCACUUCAGCGAUCAGAGAGCUCACCAAUGUAGCUGCCACUCAAAGAGUGAUCCUGACUCCUUCCCAGCUACAGAACAUCAAGCAAGGGUUCUGCUGUGUUGUUUGUAUGAUUGAAAAUGGAUCAACUCCAAAAGUUGAAUGUCUGGUCAGUGAGGAUCCCAGCUGUUGGCUGUAAAGGUCUGCUGCUUCAGCUGAAUGAGGCAACAGCUCCUGUGGGAUUUUUUUGGGACACCCACCGCCAGCCAAGUCAUUUGGUAUACCUUUACCUGUAAAAUAAAGAACAUACUGUUGGUCUUGAAACUGA